AUGGCGACCGUUCCAAUUGUCGUCAAACACCAAGGCAAAAAGUACAAUGUCGAUCUUGACACCACCGCCAAUGGCGAAAUGCUCAAGUUUCAGCUCUUUUCUCUGACCGGGGUCGAACCCGAACGGCAGUCUGUUUUAAUAAAAGGUGGAAAAUUGAAAGAUGACACCGAAUUGUCGAGGCUCAAUGCCAAACCUGGUCAGGUUUUCACGAUGCUGGGGACCGCUUCUUCGGAGGGCAGUUCGCUGGUAGCGCCAGUUGAGAAGCCUCGAUUCCUGGAAGACAUGACCGAGGCAGAGGCUGCUGCUCAAGAAGGUGCUACGCCAGCUGGACUCGAGAAUCUCGGCAAUACCUGCUAUCUCAAUUCCACCCUGCAGGUGUUACGAAGCAUACCAGAAAUGCAAGACGAAUUGCAAGCGUACAAACCAGAUUAUAGAAGUCCCCGCAAUAACGUCGAUGAAAUGAGAAGGCUUGGUCUCGGUGCUACAGGUGCCUCGAACGAUUUAACGGGACAGCUGCGAGAUCUUUACGGCCGCAUGUCGAAGACUCAACAGAGCCUUGCCCCUCUUACGUUCUGGACCGCUUUGCGAGUGAUCUAUCCUCAGUUCGCUCAAAAGGCCAAGAAUGGUGUUGGCUUUGCGCAGCAGGACGCUGAAGAAGCCUGGUCUCAGAUCAUCUUUCAGCUGCGACAGAGUCUCAAAAUCACAGACAAGAGUACUUCCGAUGAACAGGAGGCCACGAAGGAGGUUGCUUUUAUCGAUCGUUAUAUGGCAGGCUCUUUCCAUUCCUCGCUAGCCCCGCCAGCAGAAGCGGCAGAGAACGAACCUGUUAUCGAAGCCGAUGAUGUGUUCCUGAAGCUUGAUUGCCACAUCGACCAGUCUGUCAAUCACCUUCGAGAUGGUCUCUUGGCCGGCCUAACUGAAGAGAUUGAGAAGAACUCCCCGUCGCUCGGUCGCAAUGCCGUUUACACCAAGACAUCCAGAGUAUCACGAUUACCCAAAUACCUGACUGUGCAUUUUGUGCGCUUCUUUUGGAAAAAGGACGUCCUAAAGAAAGCUAAGAUCCUCAAGAAGGUCACGUUUCCGGAGGAAUUGGACACCGUGGAGUUCUGUACAGACGAUCUCAAGAAACGAUUGAUCCCUGUUCGUGACAAAGUCCGUGAGAUCAGAAAGGACGAACAGGACGUCGAGAGAGCGCGCAAGCGACAAAAGCUUCGGCAUAAGCAGGAGGAAGAUCGCAAGCACGACCAAGCUCUUCAAGAAAAAGAGGCAGCUCCCAUCGCCAAACUUCGAGAACAAAAAGAUAAGAAGCAGUCGAAAGAGAAAGAGCCGGAAGGAGGCGAGAUGGACGUCUAUAAAACCGAUGCCGAAUAUGAAGCCGAACGAGCAGCCUCCAUCAAGCAGGCAAAGAAGGAGCUUUAUGCUCUUAUCGAUCAACAACUUGCAGAUGAUGUCGGUGCCAACAAAUCCGGAUUGUACGAGUUGAGGGGUGUCAUCACACAUCAAGGUGCAAGCGCUGACAGUGGACACUACACCAGCUUCGUCAAGAAGUCUGGCAAGCUUGUCGACGACGCGAAGGCACCUGGCGGCAAGCGCUUGGAAGAGGAUGGAAAAUGGUGGUGGUUCAAUGAUGACAAAGUCAGCGAGGUUGAUACUGAACGGGUCAUGGGGCUUUCCGGUGGUGGAGAAGGUGCAUCUGCCCUCAUUCUACUGUACAAAGCCAUCGACUUGCCGACCAGGGAUGAGAUUGAGGAAUGA